AUGGAUGAGCUGGAUUUUUCUGUAUCGCUUUAAAACUUUUCUACAACCCUUAAAAGAUUAGUUGGCAUGUCCACAUUUUUCAAGGAACAAACGGUUUGUUUCUUUAACGACACAGGCAUGUUUUCGGGACAACUAUGGUCCGCAUCCAAUAAGAGCUCAUAUACAUGACACCUUAUACAGGUUCUGACAGCAGUUUCCAAAAUAUAUGCGUCUCUUGCGGUCCGUCCAUCCACGCAAAGAUCAGCAGCCAUCGCCGUCAGUCUAUGGACGGCCAUAUGGACGGCCAUGACGCUCUCAGGGAUUUAGCUGGAUCUCCUUGCGUUGUCCAAUCGUAGCAAGAGAGCGCAUACUUGUCACUAGCGGAAGUUUCGAGUGAAUUGUACGCGGGAAAUUGAGUGGUCCAGCUACCAGCUGCCUUACCCGGUGUUGUGCACUGUCGGCCAAGGACGAAGAACAAUUAAGCAGUAGCGAAAAUAAGGGAGUCACAGAAUGAAGGUGAUUACGUGUGAAAUCGCGUGGCACAACAAGGAGCCGGUCUACAGUCUUGACUUUCAACACAGCUCAGAGGGACGCAUAAACCGUCUGGCCACCGCUGGAGUGGACACAACUGUUAGACUGUGGCGUGUUGAGACUGGUCCUGAUGGGCGGGCGGUUGUGGACUUUUUGUCAAACCUGGCCAGACACACCAAGGCUGUCAACGUGGUCCGCUUCAGCCCCAAUGGAGAGCUCCUGGCGUCAGGAGGAGACGACGCAGCUAUCCUGCUGUGGAAACUCAAUGACAGUAAGGAAUCAGAACAGCCUCCAUGCUUCCAGGAGGAGGAGGAUGCUCAGCUUAACAAGGAGUGCUGGACUGUGGUCAAGACCCUGCGGGGCCACAUAGAAGAUGUGUACGACAUCUCCUGGACCAGAGACUCAAACCACCUGGUGUCUGGAUCUGUGGACAACACUGCUAUCAUGUGGGAUGUCAACAAAGGUCAGAAGCUUUGCAUCUUUAAUGACCAUAAGAGCUAUGUUCAGGGAGUGGCCUGGGAUCCCCUGGGCCAGUAUGUAGCUACUCUAAGCUGUGACAGAGUGAUGCGCGUGUACAGUACCCAGACCAGAAAGAAGGUCUUUGGUGUCAGUAAGAUGAGCUCUGGAUCAGCUGGAGAAGGAGAGGUGAAAAACUACAGAAUGUUCCAUGAUGACAGUAUGAGGUCAUUCUUUAGACGCCUCACCUUUACUCCAGACGGAUCCUUCCUGCUCGCCCCAGCGGGGUGUGUGGAGGCGGGGGAGAAUGUGACCAACACCACCUAUGUCUUCUCUAGGAAGAGCCUCAAGAGGCCUAUAGCUCACCUGCCCUGCCCUGCCAAGGCCACCCUGGCUGUCCGCUGCUGUCCUGUGUACUUUGAACUGAGGACCAAGAAGGGAGAGGAUGGCUCUCAGCAGCCUCUCCCCAACACAUUCCAGUUGCCAUACCGACUGGUGUUCGCCGUGGCAUCUGAGGAUAGUAUCUUCCUGUACGACACGCAGCAGACGCUCCCUUUUGGCUUGAUCUCUAACAUCCACUACCACACUCUCAGUGACCUCACCUGGUCUGGAGAUGGCUCCUUCUUGGCGGUGUCAUCUACGGACGGCUACUGCUCUUUUCUGUCCUUCUCCCCUGGAGAGCUGGGCACCCCUCUAAAAGAGCCCCCUGCCCUGGAAGUCAUUGCCCCAGGCAAUGGCCUGGAGAAAAAGGGCAAGAAGGCAGCAGUAGCAGGCAAGAUGAUGGUGUCCCCCAUUCCCCACAGCACAGAAGCAACCCCCCAGGCCACUGCUCCUGCAUGUGUGGCUCUCCCCUCCAGCCCCAUCACGCCCCUCUCCUCCCUGGCGUGCCCCCCUGCUACCCAGGCUGGUGGAGAGAAGAACAUCCAGAUGACCAAGACCAAGGGCCAGCCUCGUAGGAUCACCCUCAGUACCCUCGAGGCCUGGAGUAAACCUGCCACCCCCAAACCCCAGACCACUGCCCCCGUGACAGGCAGCCCCAGCACUCCCUCGACACCCCAGAUUUGCCUCACCCCGACCAGCUUGUCCACAGCCCAGCCCCGUCUCCACCCCCUCACCCCCUCCACCCCCAAGUUCAGUAGCAGCAGCACUGCAGGGCCCAGCACCCCGAAAGGACCCACCCCCAGACGGAUAUCCCUGACUCCUGUGGUGACUUGCUCUCCAGCCGCCAAUCAGCAAUUCAGUGCACUCACCUCCACUGAGAAAGCCAAACACGAACGUCCCUCUCCCCCCACAGACCCUGUGUUCCUGCCCCCCGACUCCAAACGCCCUAAGACCAGCACCCCCCAGCAUUAAGACCAUUUCCCCUUCCACCUGCAGGGACCCCUUAUGACCAACAUGAGUAUAGGACAGCAAUAAUACUGGUGUCAGCAGUCUACCUGCACACACACUGAGACAAGUUUGCCAUCUUCCUUUAACUGUAACAUAUUCAUUUACCCCCCCCCCCCCCCCCACACACACACACACACACACACACACACUUUAACACGCACACAUAUACACAACAAUCCAGGUUAACAUUUUGUAUUUUAUAACUCAGUAAAACAGAAACAUCUCCCCUCGAAGCCCAUUUUGACAUCAGUGUGUUGCCAGAUGGCUGUUACUAACGCGUAAUGCCACCUCACUACACACUUGUCUGACUACAAUCUGAAGGGCAGCAACUCACUUCAGCUGUAUAGAAACUGCCACUGGUAACAAUGCCUUAUUAUUCUGAACUGUUUUAUAGGUAAUUGUGGAUUAUAC